AUGACAACGACACUUCGGCCUCGACACGAGCCAUGCACAAUCUUGCAAAAUCAUGGCAUCUCUUGCUUACUCUGGUUUGAAGAUGCGCUUGCUGCGCACGGUGUCCCGACAGCGGUGUUCGAUUUGUAUUUGCUUGUAAACAGCCUUGCUGGAGCCGAGGACGCACUGGUUGCCAAAGGAUGGACGCCCGCUCCCCAACUCAGCCGAGGCCGUCAUAUUCUCAGCGGAUCUCAGUGCAUCCCCCAUCGCCGCCUUGUACCCCCGAAGUUAAUGACGGCGAGGGACGCCAUGGAAGAGGGGUCAACUGCGCCGCCAUCCCGGGGACCUCCUGAAUCGCCGAGGGUCGUGCUGCUUCCCGCGGCUAACUGGGGCGUAUCCAACCUUGACACGCGGCUGCCGUCGGGAGGUGGUUUUGUGCCUCCGCUCGCUCUUCUUAUCGACGGAUUGGUGGGGGUUUUGAUGGACCUUCCCGUGGCGCCAACCUCCGAAACUUUGCAGGGCCGCCUUGGCACCCAGCUCGCGUAUCUUUACCGUUACUGUGCUGGCUUGAAGAACCAGAACUUUGCCGAAAGCCUCAAGCUUGAGCACCGGCAGUUCCACUACGACGCGCUUUCAAAACCGGGCCUGGGGACAAUACCGUUCAUCAGCGAGCAGCGUCAAAACAGAGACGAGAUCCGAAAGGGAGAGCGCCAGCCACAGCGGAAUUCGUGGUACUUGGCCCCCGAACUAAGCCAAGGGAAGAACAAGAACCAUGCGGGGUGGCAGUGGAUGGCCUCUCGAGUGCCCUUGUCCAAAUUCAUGCGUCAGCGGAGGGAAGAUGGGCCGAGAACGAGACAGGGUUGCGAGCUGAAGGUCUUCCCCCAAUCUCCGUCGUCGAAAACUGGGGGAGAGGGGCGGUGGAAAUGACCCGCUGGACGCCACGAUAAUGAAGGUGAUGAGCGAAACCAGGAUGCCCGUCGGUGCCUGAUCCUCAUCAAUUGAAAAGAAAGCCAGACGGGGAUGAGCGAGACAUGACCUCCAGCCUUCCUGUGGCUGCCGCGUGAGCCACGCUUCCAGAAGUCUCAAUUCGAAACGCGAGAUGCGGUCUGGAACUCGCACUGCAGUUGGCGCGCCGUUCGCUCGCAGAUUUGACUCUGCACAUCGCACGAGACUUGCCCCGAUCUCGUUCGCUGUGCCACACUGUCAACUGCAGGGCCGGUGCGGCUGACGCCCAAAGUCGCUAGCGCAUCAACACGGUGCCGGUGAUCGUCGCUUCUUUUCUCCUUGGCAAGCCGCGAAACGGCAUGGUGUGCGAUGGAGAGGACGGGGUGCUG